AUGGUUGUCGGGGUUAAGGAACUCGCUGCAACUGCUGUAGUAGACCGUGGUCUGUGUAGGCUUGAUAGCCGGAGCAGUUGCGACGCCAGGAGGCUAGACGAAACGCCGGGCGAUUGGUCCGUAAGAACGUUGCGCCUAAGGCCUGAGCAAAGCCAAGGCUGGCUCGGUUGGAAUCAAGCAGCUGACAAACUGCCCUUGCCGGAAACACAAACAACGAUCCCAUACGAAAAUGCCAAAGAAAGCCCCACUCAAAUAGUAACUAGCGCAGGAGAGGUCCAAAUACAACAUUGCCAGGUGAGGCCCGGCCUGUACAAGAACGACUUUUUAGAGGCGGGUAGGAUUGAAUUCAGUGAUCCUCACUUCGGUGGGGAAGAUUGCAAGAUCUCUGUUCACAUCACUGACUCGAGUCCGUAG